AAGGAAAAAAUAGUUCCCUUGGAAGACAGCUUUCUCCUGUUGCGUUCCAUGUCCCGCUUUUCAGAUAAGAAGGCGGAAAUCGACAGCCUGGCGGCAGAGUACGUCGACUCCGUGAAGAACAUGUUACCCGAGGAGCGAGUGGAGCACCUGCGGAAAAUCCAGAGCGCCUACAGCAAAUGCAAAGAGUACAGCGACGACAAAGUGCAGCUGGCCAUGCAGACGUACGAGAUGGUGGAUAAGCACAUCCGCCGGCUGGAUGCAGACUUGGCACGCUUCGAAGCGGAUCUGAAAGAUAAACUGGAAGGCAGUGAUUUUGAAAACCCUGGAUCUCGGAGCCUGAAAAAGGGACGAAGUCAGAAAGACAAAAGAGGCUCUCGCGGCCGGGGCAGGCGAACGUCUGAAGAAGACACACCAAAGAAGAAGAAACUCAAAGGAGGAUCUGAGUUUGCUGAUACCAUCCUGUCGGUGCAUCCCUCGGAUGUCCUGGACAUGCCAGUGGACCCCAACGAACCUACCUACUGCCUGUGUCACCAGGUGUCCUACGGAGAAAUGAUUGGCUGUGACAACCUAGACUGCCCGAUUGAAUGGUUCCACUUCGCUUGCGUGGACCUCACCACCAAACCGAAAGGGAAAUGGUUUUGUCCUCGUUGUGUUCAGGAAAGAAAGAAAAAGAAAUAA